AUGAGCAAGCUCUGGACGAUCCUCACCCACCUCCACACCCUCGCAGGGCCUGGCGUGAUGCUCCUGUACCCCCUGUAUGCGUCGGUGCAGGCGAUGGAGAGCCCGUCGAAGCUGGACGACGAGCAGUGGCUGGCCUACUGGAUCCUCUACUCCUUCGUCACGCUCGUCGAGAUGGUCCUCGAGUCCCUCAUCUACUGGGAUACCGAUCUGGUACGAGCUGAAGCUGCUGUUCCUGGCGUGGCUGGCGCUGCCCAACUUCAGGGGAGCGGCCUUCAUCUACGACAGGUUCGUCAGGGAGCAGCUCAGGAAGCACGGCCUCACCAACCACCCCGGCAGCGGCAUCGGCAGCAAGAAGGAGAACGGCUGCAAGGUCGACAAGUCGUCCUCGCCGUCGACGUCUCCCAAGGAGAAGGAGAGCGCCAAGAGCAGGUUCCUCUCCUUCGUCACUCCCAAGAAAGACCACUGAGUGAGAUUGGAGCAGCAACCAGAGAUCCCAGCAGCUAG